AUGGCGCUCCUCGCUUGGCUCCUGCCCUUCACCUUCACUCUUCUUACCGUGUCCGAGCACUGCUCGGGAGACUCCUGCCCCAAACCCGCACGUGGCUCUGAGCUGCUGCAGCGCUCUCAGAAGCAAGUGCUGAAAGCAGAGCAGGCGGAAGAUCGACUGCUGAGCUACGAGGAGCUGCACACACAAGUGGAGGCUUCCUUCGCACGUGCCCAGCAGCUGAGCAGCCGCACUCGCCUGCUGGUGGAGAGCAACUUCAAGUCCUUCCAUAGCUCCAAUUACAAAAGCUUCAGCAAGGACCUUACCUGCAUGGAGAACUGUGAGCAGGGCUUUGACCACUUUGCGGAGAGAACAGGCCUCAUCCAUGAGCUAAAUGCAACCGAGCUGGAGUCCUUCCGUGAUCGUGUUUUGGAAGAGAUGGAGAUCAUGUGUAAGCACGACAAGAUCGAUGAUAUUGCUGACGGAAGGAUUCAGGCAGCUGAAUACAUGCAAGACUUCAUGCAGGUCCUGGAGGAUGAGAGGCCCGUGUUGACAGAGCGGUUAGAGGAGAUCCUGGAGGAGCACUACCAUGAUGUGGCCUUUGAGUUUGCAGACUGGCUGAUGAACUUCUCCCAGAUUGACCUCCGACAUCGCACCGGCAUCGAAGAGUCCCACCAGAAUCGCACCCUGCUGGAGACGAGCCACAGCAUUGUGGAGCGCAUGCGGAAGCGCAGCCUGCCGGCAAACUUUGAUGCGCGCACGCACUGGCCACAGUGCAGCGAGAUAAUUGGGCGGAUCCACAAUCAAGGCCUCUUCAGCGGCCCCAGUGCGCAGAUCUCCCGCGGCUUCAUCACAUCCUGCACCUACACCGGAGGCCGCGAUGGUUGUCAGGGUUGCUCGCCUUACUUUGGGCACGGUGCAGGCACGGACCACUUCACCUCGAACUCGUCAGCGCCUCCCUGCCCCACAGAGUGCUCGAACCCGACAUUCUCCAAGACCUUGCAUACGGACCGCUUCAAACUUGGCCUCUCCACGCACUACGACCUGACGCUCCUGCACCAUCCCCUGCCCACAAUGGCAUAUCAGCUAGUCCGUGAAGCCAUCCUCGCGGGUGGACCGGUGCCAGCUCUCUUGAUGGCAGACGGGCCCUUCAUGUCAUACAGAAGCGGCGUCUACACACACUCCUGCGACAUGAACCCGAAUCACGCGGUGACAGCCAUCAGCUUGGAUUUGCUUGAACAGCUGGG